AUGACUUCAAAUUACUCAAUAGGUAUUGAUUUAGGCACAACCAAUUCAUGUGUUGGUGUUUGGAUGAAUGAUAAAGCAGAGAUUAUCUACAAUCAAUUAGGUAAUAGGCAAACACCAACUUGUGUUGCAUUUACUAAUCAAGGAAGUCUAAUAGGUGAAACAGCUUUACAUUAAAAAUAUCAAAAUCCCUAGCAUACUAUUUUUGAUAUAAAAAAAUUAAUUGGAAGAAGAUAUUCUGACUAGAAUUUUUUUAAUUUAAUAAAAGAUUACCCAUUUAAAAUAGAAGCUGGAUUUAAUGACUAACCAAUAAUUGUUAUAGAAAAUCCUGAGAAUGUUUAGAAAUACUUUCCUGAAGAAAUCUGUUCGAUAAUACUAGAGAAUUUAAAGAAAAUAGCUUAAGAUUAUUUAGGUAAACCAAUUACAUCUGCUGUGAUUUCAGUACCAGCUUAUUUUAAUGAUCUACAAAGAUAAACAAUUAAGUAAGCAGGAACCAAAAUAGGUUUGAAUAUUUUGAGACUCAUUAAUGAACCCUCUGCUGCUGCUAUAGCUUAUAAUUUACAUAAUAAUAAUCAUUAAGAAUAACAAGUUCUAGUUUUUGAUUUAGGGAGCAAGAAACUUGAUCUUACUUUAUUAUUUAUUGAAGAUGGUAUCAUUGAAAUGAAAGAAACCCUUAAUAAUAAUCAAUUAGGUGGUAUCGAAUUUGACAACAAACUUGUAGAUUAUUGUUGUAUUUAAUUCUUAAAUAAAGAGGGAAUUGACAUAAGAAAUAACUCAUAAUUAUUAUAUAUGCUUCGAAUACAAUGUGAAAGGGCUAAAAAGAUUCUAUCAUCUACUCAUCAAGCAACAGUGGAGAUUGAUAAUUUUCAUAACAAUGAAGAUUUUAUAUGUAUAAUUACUAGAGCAAACUUUGAAAUGUUAUGUAUGAGUUUAUUUGAAUAAUGUAUACUAUCUAUAGAUAAGAUUUUAAUGAAUUCAAAUCAAUUAAAGAAUAGAAUUAAUGAAAUAAUUCUUGUUGGAGGAUCUUCAAAGAUUCCAAAAGUUUAAGAAUUGUUAAAAAAUUAUUUUAAUGGAAAGUAAUUGCAAUAAUCAAUAAAUCCAGAAGAAGUUAUUGCUCUUGGGACUGCUACUUAGGCUGCCAUUUUAAAUGGAUAAAUAUAAUAACAAAUCUAGUUUUGUUGUAUAUUUGAUGUUACUAUAUUAAAUUUAGGAAUAGAAACUUAUGGAGGUUUAAUUACAACAUUAAUUUCAAGAAAUUCAACAAUUCCAACAAAGAAAACAUAAAUUUUCACCACUAUGAAUGAUUAUCAAACUGAAGUUAGUAUUAAAAUCUAUUUAGGUUAUAGAUAUUUGGCUAAAGAUUGUAUUUUAAUAUAAUAAUUUAAUUUAACUGGUAUUACACCAGCUAUUAAAGGAUUUCCUGAAAUUUUGAUAAUAUCUGAAAUUGAUUCAAAUAAUACACUUACUAUAACUGCUCAAGAUUUAGCAUCAAAUAAUAGUAAUUAAAUAAUUAUUGCUAAUUUAAAUGAUGGAUUAACAAAAGAUUAUGUUGAAAAUCAUCUGUUGGAAGCAGAAAAAUUUGAAGAUGAAGAUAAAAUGAUAAAAAAUAGGAUUGAAACUAAGAAUAAUUUGGAGUCAAUUAUAUAUCUUUUAAGAUAUACAAUAAAUAAUGAAAAGUUUAGACUUAAAAUAUCUGAUAUUGAGAAAUCAAAAUAUUAAUAGUUAAUUAAUGAAACAUUAGAAUGGAUUAAUAAAAAUCAAAAUGUUGAUAUAAAAGAAUAUUAAAAUAAAUUGCAAACACUUGAAGAAGUUUCGAAUAAGCUUAAUUUGUAACUUUGUUUGGAUGAUAAUGAUUCAUAGCAAGCAAAAGAAUGGUUUGAAAAGAGCUCUAGAUUUUCACUUUGUUGA